AUGGUCUCUUAUAUGAAAAAAUCACUCGGUUCAUUAGCAGGAUUUGGAAACCCUGACCUGUUACCUCCGCCUGAAUUUCUAUCUAUUCCACCUGCAGAGUACUGCCAAGAUGAUGAUGUCGAUGAUUGUACGGGAUGUGCUGAUCCGUGCUCAGAACAUAAAGAGUAUCCAUCCUACCUCAACAUUGAAAUGGACUUCCCCAUCUUGGGUAGCGUCAAACCCUAUGGCAGACAUGUUCUCAUUGCAACUGGUGUAUCGGAUUGGCCCAAGAAGAUUGAGAGUGAAGAGGGAACAUUUGCAAACGCUCUAUACAAUGUGGAAAGCAGUAAUAAAUCAAAUCCAUGGAAAAACCUGGUUACCAACACUUCUAUGGCGUCUACCUACUCAACGAUACCCAAUAGCUGUGAUGUGCUCAUCUUUCCAGAUAACAUUUUGGUGUCUAAUGUCACUUGUGAAGAUGCAGAUGAUUUUUACAAUCUCUUUCUAGCUUCACCACUACCCAAGGAACCCAUGGACAUUGAUUUUAUAAUGCGAGAUGACCGUAUGGGACAGAUGCUGAUACAAAAGUGCCCUUACAAGACACUGAUGCUGUUGUGCUCUCAUAGAAAGCGAGAUAAACGCUGUGGUGUUACAGCACCCAUACUGGCUCAAGAAUUGGACCAUGUGCUACGAGAAAAGGAUUUAAGUGAGCAUGAUGCUGCAGUGAUUAUGGUGAGCCAUAUUGGAGGUCAUAAAAUUGCUGGUAAUGUCAUUUGUUAUAUCAAUGAAGGCACACGUGGUAUUUGGUAUGGUCGAGUGAAAACAUGUCAUUGUCGCCCAAUUAUUGAAGAAACCAUCUUGGGUGGAAAGGUCAUCAAAGAUAUCUACCGCGGUGCAAUGGACAAUAGUUUUCAACAUCAAGCAAGGAGAUCCAUAUUAAAAUGGUGA